AUGGUUUUGAAACUCCAUGUCUGGGGGCCGGCGUUCUCGCUGCCAUCCAUUGACGCGCAAUGUCUGGCGACCAUUGCCUAUUUAUCUCUCACCCUGCCCAAGGACGCGUGGGUGCUCGUCGCAAGUAGCGAUCCCUCGGUGUCUCCGACCAACGAACUUCCCGCCCUCCGAAAUGGCAACACCUGGGUCUCCCACUUCCGCAACAUAGUCGACUACCUCCGCCAAUACUCCUCGGGCGACUGGGAUCUGGACGCCGAUUUGACCGGACUCGAUCGAGCGGAUAGUAUCGCAUUCACCUCCUUCCUCGACACACAAUUCCCCCCGCUCCUCGCCCUCUCUCUCUACGUCACUAGCCAGAACUACUACUCCUCCGUCCUCCCCGCCUACUCUUCGCAGAUCCUCAGCUGGCCCUCGACCUGGCUGAUCCCGCCGCAACACCGCGCCGCCGCCAAGCGUGCCUCCGACCACCUCGGCCUGUCGUCGCUGGACCUUGUCGCCCUGGAAGAGGACCGCAAGCGCGAACACUCCGCCGCCGUCGCCGCGGGCCGCCUCCCAGCCUCCCUCCCGCUCCUGAAAGCCACCACCCCUGCGACCACCUCGGGGCUUGUCCCCAGCCACCGCUUCCGCAUGGAGGCGGUCACGGCGGCGGCGUUCGAGCCGCUGGCCGCCAUGCUGCCGGCGCACAAACAGUAUCUCCUGGGCGGGGACCGGCCGACGAGCGUCGACUGCCUGCUGCUCGGGUACGGGUGCCUGGCGGCGCUCGGCGCGGAGCACCUGCAGGAGGCGUGGCUGGGCGAGGCGAUGCGCCAGAAGGCGCCGCGCGUGGUGGAGUGGGUGCGCGACAGGCAGACGGCGUGGCUCGCCAACGACGCCCUGCCAUGGCGCCCUACCGAGCGGCCGCACUGGCGGACCGUCGGCAAUACCAUCUGGAACACGGUUGCGGAGGCGACCCCCGUCUGGCGGGACUACCGCGUCAACACGCGCAUGCGCGAGGUUGCGCUGGCCCAGGAGGCAGAGCUGUCGCCCGAGGAGCGUUCCGCGCUGGCUAAGCAUGCGACCAGCUAUAAGAAGGAUGUCUGGUUGUCGGUCGCGGUGGUUGUGGGCGGCGUGGCAGCGUUGGUGGGGUACAUGGCUAAGGUGGGCUUUUUAAGUAGUACGGCUUGGGAGGAGGAGUAUGUGGAUGAGGAGGAGGAGGGAGAGGAGGAGGUGGUGAGGCCUGAGAUCCCGGAAGCGUUGAAUGCGACGGACUUUUUGGGGUCGUUGUCGUUUAGCUAG